AUGUCGGGAACCACUAUUGAUGACGUCGUAAAGCGUCUCAGUAUUCCUGAGACGGAUACGAAAUUGAAAUUCGAAGCUGCGACGACUUUACGCGAUAGCUUGGAUCACUACACCACUGGUCCGAUAUACUCCCCGUUCUUGAAGAGAUUGAUGCCCAUUUUCAUCAAUAUCUUGCGCGGACAAUGUAUUUUCCAAAGCAAUAACAUGGAGCAGAGGCUCCGCCACUGCAUUUUAGAGGUCCUGCAUCGUCUUCCCACCAGCCCUUCGCCGACCGAGCCCUUCGAGCCUUUCGCCCCCGAGAUUGUCGACUUAUUGAUGGGUCUUGUUCGGAACGAUAACGAGGAAAAUGCUACCCUUUGCGUUAAGAUUAUCUCGGACAUCAUGCGCCACCAGCACAAGGUGCUGCAGGGCAAGGUUCAGGACUUCUUGACAUUAAUUCAAGAGCUGUUUGAACAGAUGGAGAGCGUCGUCAGAGAACAGCUGGAUAACCCAACAGGCCCCGGAAAUUCGCAGCCUGUAAAUUCACAGCUCGCUGCAGCCGCAGCUCCGUCGACGCCAGGAAGCACCCAGACCAAUUUCCAGUCUCCUCGACCGGGAUCGCCUGUAGCCGCCGUUCCUGAUCUUGGACCGGAUCCUCAGCAGCAGAAUCGAUCGCUUUUGAAGGGCAUGCGGUCCUUCAAGGUCCUGUCCGAAUGCCCCAUCAUCGUUGUUUCGAUUUUCCAGAUCUACCGCAACACUGUACAACAGAACGUCAAGGCGUUUGUUCCAUUAAUCAAAAAUGUGCUUUCGGUACAGGCCAGUGCUCAGCAGCAAGCACACACGGAUGCUGCCGCCAAGGGCCAAAUUCAUACUGGUGUCAGUUCGGGCAUUAAAAAUAGGGCUGCUUUCGGUGACAUGAUCACGGCGCAAGUCAAGACCAUGAGUUUCCUGGCCUAUCUGCUUAGACAGUAUGCAAACCAGCUCUCGGACUUCCUCCCUAAUUUACCCGGAAUAGUGGUCAGGCUGCUCAAGGACUGCCCGCGAGAGAAGUCUGGUACCCGGAAGGAGUUGCUGGUUGCUAUCCGGCAUAUCAUCAACUAUAACUUCAGGACCAUUUUCCUUCCAAAGAUCGAUGAGCUUUUGGAUGAGCGAACAUUGACGGGCGACGGUCUGACUGUUUAUGAAACCAUGCGACCUUUGGCGUAUAGCAUGCUGGCUGAUCUCAUUCAUCAUGUGCGGGAUUCCUUGAGCCCUGAGCAAAUCCGCAAGACUGUUGAAGUCUACACCAAGAAUCUCCAGGAUAAUUUCCCCGGAACGAGCUUUCAAACGAUGAGCGCCAAGCUUCUGCUCAACAUGGCUGAAUGCAUUGCAAAGCUACCCAACAAGAACGAUGCUCGACACUACUUGAUCAUGAUCCUUAAUGCUAUUGGAGACAAGUUUGCCGCCAUGAAUCGCCAAUAUAAUAAUGCGAAGAAGCUUUCGAAAAUAUACCACCAACAAUUGGAGGGUGGCCAACCGGAUCCACAAGCUGAGAAGGAUAAGGCCCCUGAAUGGGAUGAGAUCGAUAUCUUCUCAGCUAUGCCGAUCAAGACAUCGAAUCCCCGAGACAGGGCUAAUGACCCAGUGGCAGACAACAAAUUCCUGUUCCGAAACCUUAUGAAUGGCUUGAAGAACACAUUUUACCAGCUGAGAACCUGCAAUGUCGAUCUUAAGCUUGAUAUUGCUACGGUUCCGACCCACUGGCAGGAUGUUUCCUAUGGCUUCAACGCAGAGGAGGUCGAGGUGAUCGUCAAGCUUUUCCGUGAGGGUGCCUAUGUCUUCCGCUACUAUGAGAUCGAGAAGCCAACAGCCGAGCCUCAGUAUUCCUCCCCUGUGGAGUACAUGGCAAACUUCUAUAUGAUCUCCAGUAGUAAGGAAGAGAAGGAGCUUCUUGAGACUUUUGCCACCGUCUUCCACUGCAUCGACCCUGCCACAUUUCACGAGGCUUUUCAACGAGAGAUUCCAAGGCUCUAUGACAUGAUUUUCGAGCAUACCGCCCUUCUGCAUAUUCCUCAGUUCUUUCUUGCUAGCGAAGCGACCUCACCAAGUUUUUGCGGAAUGCUUCUCCAAUUCUUGAUGGAACGCAUCGACCAAGUUGGCUCAGCUGAUGUGAGGAAAUCGUCAAUUCUGCUGCGUCUCUUCAAGCUCGCAUUCAUGGCGGUUACGCUAUUUGCUCCACAGAACGAGCAGGUACUCCUCCCACACGUCGUCAACAUUGUGACCAAGUCAAUUGAGCUUUCAACAAAGGCUGAGGAGCCAAUCAACUACUUCCUGUUGCUGAGAUCCCUCUUCCGUAGCAUUGGCGGAGGCAAGUUUGAGCAACUUUACAAGCAGAUUCUGCCUCUCCUCGAAAUGCUUCUUGAUGUUCUCAACAACCUCCUCAUGGCCGCAAGGAAGCCCAGCGAUCGUGACUUGUAUGUCGAGCUCUGUCUGACAGUGCCUGCUCGCUUGAGUCACCUGCUCCCACAUCUUAGUUUUCUGAUGCGACCACUCGUAGUUGCUUUGCGCGCGGGUACCGAUCUUGUUGGUCAGGGGCUGAGAACACUGGAGCUCUGCGUCGACAAUCUGACUGCAGACUAUCUGGACCCCAUUAUGGCGCCAGUUAUUGACGAGCUUAUGACUGCUUUGUUCGAUCAUCUGAGGCCUCAUCCAUAUAACCACUUCCACGCUCACACAACCUUGAGAAUUCUGGGUAAGCUGGGCGGCAGAAACCGAAAGUUCAUGACGAACGCAGUUCCUCUCAGGUACAAAGAAUAUGCCGAGGAUCCCAGCAGCUUCGACGUGCGUCUAAUUGGAUCGAAGAAAGACCGCGCCUUCCCUGCAGAAGUUGGAAUUGAUGCAGCGAUUCAGAAAUUGAUGGAGGUGCCCCGCAACUCCAAGAACAACCAGUCGCGCCAGUUUGACGGCUAUUACAAACAGCAGGCUCUUCAGUUCAUCAAGGCAAACAUCAAACUCCGAAUUGGCUUCGACCAGCUUCCCGACGACCUACCUCGCAUUGUACGACUCCAAGCGCAGGAUUUUCUAGCUCGGAAACUGGAUGUUAACUUCGCGCCUUUUGACAUCUCUGACCGUGAGAGAUCUAUUCCCAAGAAGGAGGAGCAGGACCAAAUAGUCAAGAGGCUUUUAAAGGCUGUGUUAUUCACACAGUCAAUACCAGAAUUCCAAGAAGAGUCGCAGGCCUUCUUGCUCAAUAUUUGUCGUCAUUUCGCUCUCAUUGAAGUCGGGCGUUCGUUGGUGGAGCUUAAGAAGCACAACCCAUUCGAUCCGAAGGCAGGUGAGGGCCCUCUGUGCAUUGACACUAAAGUUCUUUCCGAGGCUAUCGUGGAGUCUCUCGCAUCCGAUCACCCCGAGGUCCGUGAAUCCUCCCAGAACUGCAUUCGGGAGCUUUAUGACUCCUUCGUGACUAUUUUGGGUUCCGAGGCCAGUGUCUGGCAUCUGCCCUUCUUCAACCGCCUAAGUAGCACGUUUUGCCACAGCUGCUAUGAGGAAGAAUGGUUCACGAAGACUGGAGGCAGCCUUGGUAUCCACUUCCUGCUUACAGAGCUGGAUCUAGGUGAUGCUUGGGUUGCAACGAAACAGACAGAGUUCAUCCGUGCCUUGAUGUACGUGAUCAAGGACAUGCCCCAGGAUCUCCCUGAGAAAACUAGACGUCUGGCCCAGUCGAGUCUGAAGGUUUUGCUUGCGCGUAUCACAAAGAAUAUCAAAAAGGAGGACGCACUGCCAAUACCACACCAGCAAGGUCAAGCGCCGCAGAAACAGCCCAGACUGGCACAAAUCUGCAUGUUGUUCAACAACGAGUUAUGCCACAUGAACAAACACGUACGUGAGGCUGCAAGACAAUCCCUUGAGUUGAUCGCCAGUGCCGCCAGCUGCGAGGUUUGGGAAUUGCUUGAACCCUACAAAGAGAGGUUCCUGCAACCCAUCUAUGCUAAGCCCUUGAGAGCUUUGCCAUUUGUAACACAGAUUGGCUACAUCAAUGGCAUGACGUAUCAUCUCGGCCUUAAGAGUAAUUGGAUUCCGUUCGACGAGAAUUUGAACCGACUCCUCAUGGAAUCUCUCGCACUGGCUGACGCCAAUGACGAGUCCCUCGCUAAUAAACCCGCCGAGUAUCGGACCCACGAGCACAUUGUAAACUUGAGGGUUUCUUGUAUCAAGCUAUUGAGUACUGCGAUGGGCUGCGAAGAAUUCGCCAACUCGCCAAGCAAGUCCAGGAUUCUGAUUGUGUACUUCAAAUGUCUCUACUCGGAGUCCAAGCCUACCAUUCUUGCUGCGCAUGAUGCUUUGAAGUCUGUUCUUAGUGUGGAUAGACGUUUGCCGAAGGACCUUCUUCAAGGUGGACUGAAGCCAGUUCUCCAAAGUCUUCAAGACCCCAAACGCCUCACGACUGCUGGCCUUGACAACCUGUCCAGGCUUCUGAAGCUGUUGACCAGCUAUUUCAAGAAAGAGAUUGGCACUCGUCUGCUUGAUCAAAUCGACCAUAUUGUUGAACCCAACAUGUGGCAGCAGAUCUCCUUUACGUAUUUUGAGCAGAAUUCUCAAAUGAAGGUCAUCGCUGCGAUCCUAAACAUAUUCCACUUGCUCCCAGCCCCUGCUGAGGAAUUCAAGGAGCGACUGAUUGAGUACUUCCUGACUCUAGAGGAGAGGCUUAGAAGAACACACCAUAGCCCAUUCCGACUCCCCAUAUAUCGAUACAUCAAUCGAUAUCCCAAGGAACUUUGGGCCUACUUGGCGGAUAAGCUAGGCGAGCUGAAAUACGGUCGUCUUCUGGCUCAAGCAGUUGCUCAUAACGAUAGCUCGCCGCUGCGGGAAGUCGCCGUCGAAUCCAUUGAUGGAUUAAUGACCAAAUGCAAUGAACUCAUUGCACAGGGAGGAGAAGUUAAAUUCAUCGGCAUGAUUAAUGCUGUGCACAUUCUAGAGUCCAUGUGUCACUACCCGAAUGCUAGUACCUGGCUAGCCAAGAAGGAGGUCGUUUCUUGGCUGAAGACAAUUGGAAAGGAUUUCGAGCACCAUCAGCGAAGCUACACACUCCCAGCUCACCUUCGAUUGGCUUCUUAUCAAGCAUCUGAGCAGCUCAUGACGAUCUUGGUGAAGUCACUUGAGCAGACUCCCAAGGAUUUGGACAGUCUUUUCAGUCUGGUCGCUUCGGUAACGGCAGAGGAGCUGCGUUCCACACAGAACCUUUUUACUUUCCUUUACGAGCACAUCAUUUCCGAUGACUCUGUUGAUUUUUGGAGGACAACGAUCCUCCGCUGCCUGGAAGUGUACGCAGGAAAAAAUGACUCGAACAAGACGAAAUACUUCUUAUUGCAUUACAUUGUCAACCCAAUUGUUGCUAUGGAUGUGAUGAGACACUGGCACACCCGGGAGCAGAAUAAGACUCACAAGUUGAUCGAUCGCUCAGUCAUUGAAUCCGUCAGCACAAAGAUUUGGAAAACCAAUCCUGAGGGAACUGCCGAUGACCAAGCUCAGCCUGGCAUCGAUCACACUCGGUUUGAACUAUUACAGUUUUCUGCAAUGCUUGUCAAAUAUUAUCAUACAGCAUUAUUGGAGGCGAGAAAGGACAUCAUUAAGUUUGGCUGGACCUUUAUUCGACUUGACGACAUUAUCAACAAGCAUGCCGCUUAUGUUGUUAUUGGAUUCUUCAUCUCCAUCUACGAGACGCCGAUCAAGAUAGUUUCUCAGGUCUAUUUGUCUCUGCUCAAAACGAAUCAGAAUGAAGGUCGCGCUCUAGUCACCCAAGCCCUGGAGUUGAUCGCUCCGGUGCUACCUAAAAGAUACAGCGCUCAGGGUGGUGAGAGGUCACUGGCUUGGGCUAUGGCUCCUCGAAGGAUCCUUGCGGACGAGGGCCAGAAUGUGCAGCAAAUGACGAGCAUCUUCCACUUCCUCGUUAAAAAUCCUCGCCUGUUUUUUGAGGCGCGCGAUAAGUACAUGAUUCUCCUUAUCACGUCACUCCGGAAAGUUGCGGUACCCCCCAACCCGUCACACGAAAGUAGAAAGCUGGCUCUUAAUAUGAUGGACCUGAUCUGGACCUGGGAACAGUGGCGAGUUGAAGGCAAACCAUUUUCGGAGCAGGAAGUACGGUCGGUCUCUGAAUCUCCCAACUCCAAGAAGCGGAAACUUGAGGGAGAGCCGCUCGGAGGACAAGCCGCGGUAUCAACGCCUCAGCAAACUACCACAGUCGAGAGGCCUGAAUAUCAACUCCCACCAGUGUUCCGUCUUAAGAUGCUCAAGUAUCUGGUUGAGUUCAUUGCACAACUGCAUGAGAGAUAUGAACUACCUUCCGCGAAACCCCGAGUUGAGAACACCUCAGUCCUCCCUCUUAGCCCCCCUCCAUCUGACCUCUGCAAGCGAGCCAUGGCCUUGUUCCAUCAUCUUGUUCAGCCUCGCUACUGGGGAGACUUAGAACUGGAUUUGUUCCCGAACGUCACGGAUGUUAUCCUUGCCAGCGACAAAACACAGACGAUUCUCAACACGGAUCCGUCUGAUAAGGAGAAAUACGACGACAAGUUUCUCACCAAUAUCAUCAACACCUUGCAAGUUGUACGCAUUGUUCUCAACUCCAAGUCGGAUGAUUGGGUUCGAUCAAAUAUGCCAGCCGUGCAAAAGGUGCUAGAGAAGUGCUUGAAGAGCGAGAACCCUGAGAUUCAGGACUGCCUACACUCUGCCGACAAGAAGUACGAUGAUGGUAGGGAUCUCAAGCCUAUUAUCAAGCGAGUUCUCGAUGCUGUUCCCGAAGACACACCAAUGGACGAUGCGGAUGCCGAUGGCGAGCCAGAGACUCAAACAUCCGAAUUCAUCGCCCAUCUCUCACAGGUGGCGACUGAAGCGAUGAACAAUAGCUCAUACGUCUCUGGUGUCAAUAUUCUAUGGUCAAUAGGCAACAGGAAACCUACCGUCAUCGACCAGCACAUUCCAUCCCUCAUGAAAGCUUUGCAAAGCAAGCAUGCCAGGGAACACGUCCAGCACUAUAACAUAGUUGCCGGACAAGCCGCUGGGAUUAAGCAGCCGCCUAGUCAAGAUACUAGCAACCCUCCUGUGGAAAUGAAUGCCCACGAUCUCGAGAUACAAACAAGGAUUAUGAUUAAGGAGAUCCAGGUGGUGGCCUUACGUAUGGAACAACUUGGUGACCACAGACGACCUUUCCUGAGUGUCUUGGCAACUCUAGUAGAAAAGUCUAUGCAUAUUGGAUUGUGUGAGGAGAUCCUGAGCAUGGUUCAGGGCUGGGUGUUUCGAUCAGAGGGAACCUGGCCCACGCUUAAGGAGAAGACCGCUGUUCUCCACAAAAUGCUGUCCUUUGAACAUCGACAAGAUCCAACUAUGCUGUCCAAGUUUCUGGAGCUUGUGAUUCAAAUCUACGAGGAUCCAAAGAUCACUCGUACUGAGCUAACUGUACGCAUGGAGCAUGCCUUCCUGAUCGGCACCCGUGCUGUUGACCAUCAGAUGCGCAAUCGCUUCAUGACUAUCUUUGACAAGAGUUUGUCGAAGACAUCGAGUGCACGGCUUGCGUAUGUGCUAAACUCUCAAAAUUGGGACAUGUUGGCAGACUCGUACUGGUUAGCGCAGGCUUCCCAGCUGCUGCUUGGUGGUGUUGAGAUGAGUACAAAUAUUCAGCUUCACCAAACCGACUUCAAGGUCUUGUCUGCUUCUCAGCUUGCUGCGGUCUAUGCAAAGGAUAAGGAGCAUAGAGAACCAACCUUAAUGGCAGACGAUAAAUUCGACGCGUUUAUGGCCAAGCAUCGGCGAUUUAUGACUGAAAUUGGCGACGUCAAGGUUCGGGAUAUCAUCGAGCCUCUCAUCCAGCUGCAGCAUAUUGAUUCUCAGCUGGCCCAUGAAGUCUGGGUCACACUUUUCCCGCUUUUCUGGUCUUCGACUGCACGGGACGAGCGAAUAGAACUCGAGCGUGGGUUGGUUGUCCUCUUAACAAAAGACUUCCACAGCCGUCAGAUCGACAAGCGCCCUAAUGUGGUUCAGUCUCUUAUCGAAGGCGCGGCCAGAACAUGGCCUGAAUGCAAACUGCCUCCUCAUGUGUUGAAAUUCGCUGGAAAGACGUACGAUGCCUGGUACACCGCCAUGGUGCAACUGGAGAACGCUGCCAUCAAGCCAAUCAGCGAUUCGGCCAAGGUUCGUGAGAGCAAUCUCGAUGCUCUUGUCGAAAUGUACUCGUCUCUCCAGGAGGAAGACUUGUUCUAUGGGACAUGGCGAAGGAGGUCUCAGUUCAUGGAGACCAACGCUGCGCUCUCCUACGAGCAGAAUGGCAUGUGGGACAAGGCCCAGAAGUUGUACGAGAAUGCCCAGAUCAAAGCAAGGACAGGAGUCAUUCCAUUUGGACAGGCUGAAUACAUGCUUUGGGAGGACCACUGGGUGCUGUGCGCACAGAAACUACAGCAGUGGGAGAUUCUUCAGGACUUUGCCAAACACGAGAACUUCCAGGACCUUCUCCUGGAAUGCGCCUGGCGCAACACGGAAAUGUGGCAGGAGGAACCACAGAGAGAUGCCGUCAACGCUGUGAUCCAAGGUGUUAUGGAUGCCCCUACGCCAAGGCGAGCCUUUUUCCAGGCUUUCAUGUCUCUGCUCAAGUUCCACAAUGGACAGGAACCGCAGAAUGAGUUUGUCCGUGUCUGCGAUGAAGCGAUCCAGCUAUCCAUCCGGAAAUGGCACCAGCUUCCUGAUCGGCUUACAAAUGCUCAUAUUCCUCUUCUCCAAAACUUCCAGCAACUCGUUGAACUCCAUGACGCCAGUGUUAUUUGCCAGAGCUUAGCCAACACGAACUCAACCAACCUGGAUGUCAAAUCUGGUGAAUUGAAGUUGCUUCUUGGAGCCUGGCGUGACCGAUUGCCCAACGUUUGGGACGAUAUCACGGCUUGGCAGGAUCUUGUCACCUGGAGGCAACAUAUCUUUGGUCUCAUCAACCAAACCUACCUUCAGCUACUUCCUCCUCAAGGUCAACAAAACAGCAGUGGCGCCUCGUCCUUCGCAUACCGUGGUUAUCAUGAAACUGCAUGGAUUAUCAAUCGGUUUGCUCAUGUGGCACGAAAGCACAGCUUGCCCGAAGUCUGCAUCAGUCAGCUCAGUCGUAUAUAUACGCUACCCAAUAUUGAGAUUCAGGAGGCAUUCUUGAAACUUCGUGAGCAGGCUAAAUGUCAUUAUGAGAAUCCAGAGGAACUCUCAAGUGGUCUUGAUGUAAUCAACAACACCAAUCUCAACUACUUCAGCCCUCAGCAAAAGGCUGAGUUCUAUACUCUGAAGGGUAUGUUCUUGGAGAAGUUGAACCAGAAGGAUGAGGCCGACAAUGCGUACGGCACAGCCUUGUACUUUGACAUCUCAGCUGCCAAGGCUUGGGCCGAGUGGGGAUACUUCAAUGACAGGAAGUUCAAUUCGGAACCAACGGAUCUGAACGCAGCCCGGCAAGCUCUGACAUCGUACCUCCAGGCUGCUGGAAGUUACAAGAACGCAAAGUCUCGCAAGCUCCUUGCUCGUAUUCUUUGGUUACUGAGCCUGGAUGAUGCUAAGGGUUCCAUUGCCAUGGGUUUCGAGGAUUUUAAGGGCGAGACCCCGGUGUGGUACUGGAUCACCUUCAUUCCCCAGUUGCUUACCGGUCUUGGGCACAAAGAAGCGCCAAAGGUUUACCAGAUUCUCGUCAGAAUUGCGAAAUCCUAUCCUCAGGCUCUGUACUUCCAGCUUCGAACCAACCGGGAAGAUAUGCUCGUAAUCAAGAAGAGCCAGGAGGCGAAAGAGAAGGCCAGACAGCGGGGCCUGGCGAACCAGGCUGCCGCUGCUGCUGCCAGUGGGAAACCCAAUGCUUCGCCCCAGCAGACGAAACAGGAACCUCCCAAGACUGAAGGGUCGGCGUCGCGCCCCGGAACUGCCGGCGGCAGCGACACCACUCAGCCGAAGACAGAGGUGAAGACGGAAACCAAGGAAGAAGGCACGGCGGCAACUGCUACGCCUGCUCCUGCGAAUGCAACGGCUCCCCAGAGUACAGAAAAGAAACCACCUUGGGAGCUCACUGAAGAAAUCAUGGCGGUUCUCAAGACGGCAUUCCCUCUCUUGGCCUUGUCAAUGGAGACCAUGGUGGAUCAGAUACAGAAGCAUUUCAAGUGUCCUCCCGACGAAGAUGCAUACCGCCUUAUUGUUGCUCUUCUGAAUGAUGCCUUGGCGUAUGUCAGUCGCACUCCGGCCUCGUUUGCUAAGAGCGUCAAGCUGCCAUCGGCCACUGAACUGAACAUUACUCGCUUCGCGGAGACGAUUCUGCCUUCCCAUAUCAAGAAAUCCUUUGAGGCCGAUUUCGUCGAGGUCAAACCCACCAUGUACGAAUACAUCCACAAGCUGCGAAAGUGGAGAGACAAGUUUGAAGAGAAGCUUGAUCGCCGUGUCACCCGACAAUCGCUGGAAGCCUCAUCCCCACACCUCAGCGAGUUCCGAUACCAGAAGUUUGACGAGGUGGAGAUUCCCGGACAGUACCUCCAGCACAAGGAUAAGAAUCAAGAUUUUAUUCGAAUUGAACGAUUCCUGAGCAAUGUCGAUCUCGUCCGAACCAUUAGCGGUUCGUACCGUCGACUGAAAAUGCGAGGACAUGACGGAAGCGUGCAUUCUUGGGCUGUGCAGCACCCAGCCGCGAGACACUGCAGGCGGGAAGAGCGUAUCCUGCAACUGUUCAGGGGCCUGAACCAAACCCUCAGCCGUAAGAAGGAGAGCCGUCGGCGCGACAUUCAAUUCACACUUCCCUUGAUGGUCCCCCUCGCCCCUCAUAUAAGAAUUGUGCAAGAAGAUACUUCCUACAUCACCUUGCAAGGGGUGUACGAGGAUCAUUGCAGGCGGAUGUGUAUGUCCAAGGACGAGCCUGUUCUAUUCACCAUGGAGAAGCUGCGUGGAGUGCUGGAGAUGAAGAUGACGGUAAGUUUCCAAGGCGACAGAGCUACAAUAGUGACACAGGGGCUAACCGACAUCGAACAGAAUAAACCAGAGCAAACUGCUACGGCUCGACUGGAGGUCUUCAAUGCAAUCCAGGAGAAGUGGGUUCCCCAGACAGUAGCCCUCGAAUACUUCCAGAAGGCGUUCCCACACUUCACAGAAUUCUGGCUCUUCCGUCGGCAGUUCUCGUACCAGCUAGCGGCGCUUACGUUCAUGACAUAUAUUCUCUAUAUGCAUAACAGGUACCCGCAGAAGAUCAAUAUCGCUCGUGGAUCAGGCAACAUUUGGGGAUCUGAGUUGAUGUCGUAUAUGAGCUCAACCAAACCAUUUUUCCAGAAUCCCGAGCCUGUGCCCUUCCGGUUGACACCCAACUUGCAGGUUCUGAUGGGUCCUUUGGCCACGGAGGGUAUCUUUGCAUGCUCACUCAUGGCUAUCGCACGAUGCCUUACAGAACCCGAGCAAGAACUGGAACACGCACUGACCUUGUUUGUGCGGGAUGAAAUGAUCUUCUGGCUACAGACUACUCAUAGAAACAGCAUUAGCGAGAACCAGCUCCGCGAGUCAGUUCAGGUCAAUAGCGAGUCUGUGGUCAAGAGGGCCAUCAGUCUAGCUCAUAAUCCUUCUGGCAAUCUGCCUGCCAAUCAGACGGUCAUCGAUGCUAUCGCUAAGGCUGUUAACCCGAUGAGUCUGGCGCAGUGCGAUGCUUUGUGGAUGCCUUAUCUAUAA